AUGGACAUGAACUUGCACAUUUUUGGAAAGUGCAGUGAUCAGCAUGGAUCACAGUUCCUCAUUACCACAGAGGAAAACCUGGAUUACCUUGAUGGUGUCCAUACAGAAUUUGGAGAAGAGACAGAAGUCAUGGAAGUACUGAAGACAAUUAAUGAAACCUUCGUAGAUAAGGAUUUUAUCCCAUAUCAAGAUAUCAGGAUAAAUCAUACAGUGAUUUUAGAUGAUCCUUUUGGUGAUCCACCUGCCUUGUGUGUUCCUGAUCGCUCACCAGAUCCUACAAAGGAACAGCUUGACAGUGGCAGAAUAGGAGCAGAUGAAGAAAUUGGUGACACGAAAGGACAGUCUGCAGAUGAAAUAGAAGAAGUUCAGGCAGAAAAAGAAACAAAACCCUGUGUCAUUCUUCUAGAAAUGGGAGACUUACCAGAGGCAGACAUCAAGCCACCGUUUGUUUGUAAACUGAAUCCUGUGACCACAGGUGAAGACCUGGAAAUAAUACUUUCACAAUUUGGUCCCAUUAAAAGUUGUGAAGUGAUCCAAGACUGGAAGACUGGUGAAUUUCUUUGUUAUGCUUUCAUUGAGUUUGAAAAGGAGGAAGACUGUGAGAAAACCUACCUCAAAAUGGGCAAUAUGCUGGUAGAUGACAUGAUACAUGUGGAUUUUAGCCAGUCUGUUGCAAAGAUUAAACAGAAGGGAAAAGUGGAUGGAAGGAAAUCUACCAAGGAAGGUUUCAAGGACUAUGAGAAGGAACGUGACAAACCUUCAAAAUUUACUCUGAAAAGAAAGGUAAAACCAAAGCGAGAUGCCAAGUACAACCUUGUGCUGGAUGAGGAUGGAGAAGAGUCUCACACAAGUCAGUCACACUUGGCUAAAAAACAGAAGAAAAAGAACCACUACUCUGAAGAUGAUGACAAAAGGACUAAAAAAUCUAAGGAUUCUGACCAAAAGCAUGAAGAAUGCUGUAGGGAGAGCACCAAGGGUGAGGAGAAAGAACAGAGCCACAGCUGUUCUCAGGAGAGAGAUUACACUUACAGCAGGCAAAAAGAGAAGUACAGAUGA